GCAAGUCGCUGGUUAAGAUGUUGUCAUCAUACCUGAGUCUUGCCUUCAUCGUGGCCGCCGUUCGCGACGGCUCGGGUCCUGGACACUGCGCCCCCCCUCUGCCCCCCACAGCCGACUCCCACCCAAAGGUUCCCCCACCCCACCGCUGCCCGACCGACUUCACGGAGUACUACUGCCUGUCGGACGGCAGCCCGACCGACUUCACGGAGAAGUGUCCCGACGGCACGCUCUUCGACCAAGCCAGCUUCAGCUGCACGGACGCCGCCGUCGCCUCGUGCCUGUCGUGCGAGCCCGCGUGCAGCUUCGAGUGCCCGGCGGACGGCAGCACGGCCGUCGUGGCCAACGGCGAAGACUGCCGCUCGUUCUUCGUGUGCAGCGGCGGGGGGUCCGUGCCCGUGUCGUGCGACGCCGACAAGCCCUACUUCAACGGCACGACGUGCACGACGGAUGAAAGCCAGUGCUGCGACAGUUGCCAGGCCUUCUGCGAGCAGCCGUUCACGGAGAUCCCCGACCCGGCCAACUGCACCAACUUCUACUACUGCGCGCGCAAGGGCUUCCCGACGGAGGAGGACCUUCACCACUGCGCCGACCGGGCGGUCUUCAAUCAGGAGACCCACCACUGCGACAGGGAGGCGGAGUGCGAGCAGCCGUGCUCGUCGGUGCCGUCGGUGCCGUCCUUGGUCCCCACCACGACCGUCGGCACGGGCUGCGUCCCCGACUUUGUCUGCCAGAGCACCGGAUACUUCCCCAUGUGUACCCACAUCUGCGACCCGCACUACUACUACUGCAGCGCCGGCGAUAUCGGCCACACCGUGCAGCCUCUCCAGUGCCCCGCCGGGACGGUGCUCGACCCGGAGAUCAUGCGCUGCGUCAACCCCGCCAGCUGUCCGUUCCGGGCGCGCCAGUGAGCGUGGGGGGGGGAUGGUCGGGGUCAUGCUGGUGCCCUACCGAGGGGGGACUCGAGGCAGGAUAAUCUGUCGUGUCUAGAAGGAGAGGGAACUAACCCACGUACUUCUUUUACUAUGUUUGUAAAUAAAUCGUCAAUAUACUUGCACUUUCAUACCAAUAACCACGACAAAAAGGAGAUCCAGAAGGUGAAGACGAGGAACAAGAACCACAAACCUGUCUUUUUUACUUGGCAAAUUAUGUAGACCUGCAAAUUAGAUCAUAGAAAACGAAAAUCAAAUGGACUAACAUCUUAUUAAACACUUAUAUAACGACAACAGGAUACGAUGGCACAGUAAAAAGUCGAAAAUGAA